CAAUAGCAAACAGCAAAAGAAAUAUCUCACUGAAGAAGAAAGAUGGCACGGUUGUCGCUGCUGAUAUUUCUGUUCUGCGCCGCCGCCUUCGCCGCCGCAGGCUCCACCUUCGACGAAUCCAACCCUAUCCGUCUUGUAUCGGACUUGGAAUCGCAGGUCCUCGACGCCAUAGGACAGAGCCGCCACGCUCUCUCCUUCGCGCGUUUCGCUCGCCGGCACGGCAAGCGCUACCACUCCGUCGAUGAGAUUAGGCACCGCUUCCGGAUCUUCUCCGAUAACCUCAGACUCAUCAGAUCCACCAACAAGAGGCCUCUCUCGUACACGCUCGGCAUUAAUCAUUUUGCUGACUGGACUUGGGAGGAGUUCGCGAGACACAGACUCGGCGCCGCUCAGAAUUGCUCCGCCACGCACAGAGGCAACCACAGGCUCACCGAUGCCCCUCUUCCAGACGAGAAAGACUGGAGAAAAGAAGGUAUAGUCAGCGAAGUUAAAGAUCAAGGCCACUGCGGAUCGUGCUGGACAUUCAGCACAACUGGAGCCUUGGAGGCAGCUUACGCGCAGGCUUUUAAGAAAAAUAUCUCUCUUUCUGAACAGCAGCUAGUGGAUUGUGCCGGUGCUUUCAAUAACUUCGGCUGCAACGGUGGUUUGCCGUCCCAAGCCUUUGAAUACAUUAAAUUCAACGGUGGCAUUGACACAGAGGAAGCAUAUCCCUACACCGGACAAGAUGGUGUCUGCAAAUUUACAGCUGAAAACGUUGCUGUUCGAGUCGUUGACUCUGUUAAUAUCACCUUGGGUGCUGAGGAUGAAUUGAAACACGCAGUUGCUUUUGUUCGGCCAGUUAGUGUGGCAUUUGAGGUGGUGAACGGCUUCCGAUUCUACAAGAAAGGAGUUUACACUAGUGAUACUUGUGGCAGCAAGCCCACGGAUGUAAAUCAUGCUGUUCUUGCUGUUGGGUAUGGUGUUGAAGAUGGUGUUCCAUAUUGGAUCAUUAAAAACUCAUGGGGAGGUGACUGGGGUGACAACGGCUACUUCAAGAUGGAAUUUGGGAAGAAUAUGUGCGGUGUUGCAACUUGUGCAUCGUAUCCUGUGGUGGCUUAAAUUGUAUGAGAUAACUGCACCUUGCACGUCAUGCUUUGUAUUGUCCAUCUUAAAAGGCGAAAUGUCAUUGUGUACUGCGAUGAUAAUUUCUAGUAUAUGUUGAUGUUUAUGUUUAAAAUAAGUUUGGGGUUAGGUAUGCCCAUUCUCGUUGAUGCCGAACUCGCUGCAAAAUCACACUGUAAAUUAUGCGUCAGAGAGUAUCAUAGAAAUUAUAAACUCGUGUUCCACAAUCUAUAGCAAUUUAACGAUAGCAUGCUGUUUGAAACCUGGGCACAAGAAGUUAUCAUUUGUCCCGAUGCAAUAAACUUUGCUUGGUUACUCCAUCUCGUUA